AUGCCAACUAAUGAAUCACUGCUUGCAACAAGUCCUGAGAGUUCCACUCAGUGGAAUCCAUUUGAAAAACCUUUACAAUCCAUAGAACCUUGGACCUUUCAACUCCUAACUGUACUUAUGCUAGUGGUAACAACCUUAUCUAUUGCUGAAAACUUAGUUGUGAUUGUUGUCACUGUCAAGUUCAAGCAACUGAGACAACCAUUAAACUAUAUCAUUGUAAACCUGUCAGUUGCAGACUUUUUGGUUUCAGUGAUUGGUGGAAGCAUCAGCAUUGCUGCUAACAGUAGAGGUUAUUUUUACUUGGGAUCCUGGGCUUGUAUCCUUGAAGGAUUUGCAGUAACUUUUUUUGGAAUUGUCGCCCUGUGGUCCCUGGCAGUGUUGGCUUUUGAGAGAUACGUGGUGAUAUGUCGACCUCUAGGCAAUCUCCGUCUGCGUGGAAAGCAUUCAGCCAUUGGCAUUCUGUUUGUAUGGGUCUUCUCGUUUAUUUGGACAGUCCCACCGACUAUGGGUUGGAGCAGCUACACCACAAGUAAGAUUGGCACUACUUGUGAGCCCAAUUGGUAUUCUGGGAAGUUUGAAGAUCACACAUACAUCAUCACUUUUCUAACAACGUGUUUUAUAUUACCGUUAUUGCUCAUUUUUGUAUCUUAUGGAAAACUUAUGAAGAAGCUAAGAAAGGUGUCAGAUACUCAAGGAAGAAUAGGAUCCACCAGAAAACCUGAGAAGGAAGUUACACGAAUGGUUAUAAUAAUGAUUAUUGCGUUUCUCAUCUGUUGGACGCCUUAUGCUGCCUUUUCCAUACUUGUCACUGCAUAUCCAUCAAUAGAACUGGAUCCACGUUUAGCAGCGAUUCCGGCUUUCUUUGCAAAAACAGCUUCAAUGUACAAUCCCGUUAUUUAUGUUUACAUGAAUAAACAGUUCAGAAGGUGUUUGCUACAGAUGUUCCACUGCAGGAAUAUUUCUUCCAAAGAGUCGGAUAAUAAUGCAACUUCAGAGAGGCUCGCGCUAAACCGAGACAAUUAUGGAGGUGAAAUGCGAUCAAUCGCAGCGCGCAUAUCCACUACAAACACAGUCACUCUGAAAAGUGAUGAUGAACAUAGCAGCUGCAACUCGUUUGGUCAGUUGCCAAUGUGUGACAAUAAAGUCUGCCCAAUGUAA